GAGAGAGAGAGAGAGAUUAUUGGUCAUCUUUAAGCACAAAUAAAUCCUGCUGAAUCCGCGUUCACAAGCAGCUCAAGGCUUUCGAUCAGGAGAGGACAGUGUGCUGAUGGUCUCUAUGGUAACGGACACAAGGAGCGAUUAGCUUUGUCUGGAUGCUGCAAGUGGAUAACCUGAGAGUGGGACUCCUGCACCUGGGAAGGACUCGGUGCUUCAGCAGCCCGAGAAAACCAACCGAUUUAGACCCUGCUGUCGGUUUAUCGGUCGGUCAUUUUAAACAUGAUAAGUUUGGAGAUGCGGCCAGUCUGCUAAUGACAACACGGCAGGGUUUAUAGUUUUGUUCAUCGUGCGGUGUGUGUGUGUGUGUGGAUGAUGUAGCGGGUUGUUUUCUGGGCCGCGGCGUCUCUUUCUGGAAGCGUCACCCGAACCGGCGAUGCCUCGACUGCACCGGGACUGACUCCCAGCCUCACGAACAUGCUGCCGGGGUCGAUUCAGAUCACAGGAGAGGCGCUGUCCGGGGCGGAAAUCCGGGACAUUUGCGACAGUCUGAAGGAGAACAGUGUGCGGCUGCUGUCGGUGCGGGGCUGCCAGCUGUCGGACCGGGACUUCGGGCGCGUGUGCCGCGGGGUGUCCGAGUCUCGCUCGCUCGCGCAGCUCAACCUGAACCUGGGCGUGGUGUCGAGCAGCGGCCGCGCGAAGCAGCUCGCCGAGGCGCUCACAGCCAACAGGUCCAUACAGACACUAUUCCUGCAUGGAAGCCCUCUUUUAGAUGCAGGGUUGGUCACUCUGAACACAGCGCUGUCAACUCACCCCUCUCUGGUGUCCUUGGACCUGGGAGAUUGUAUGCUGGGCGAUGAGGCGAUUCAGCUGAUUUGUGGCAUGUUGCCUCCAGAUGGGGCCAAAUCUGGUCUCCGAGAGUUGACACUAAGUGCAAACCCAGCAAUCACCACUAAAGGCUGGGCUCGCCUAGCAAUCGCAGUGGCUCAUAGCUCACAGCUGCGGGUCCUUAAUCUGGACUACAAUCCCUUAGGGGACCAGAUUGCUGGAAUGCUGGCCGUUGCUGUGGCAUCCAGCAGGACUCUGGAGGUUUUAGACUUGGAGGGAACGGGGCUCACAAAUCAAUCAGCACAGGUCUUUCUGGACAUGGUGGAGAACUACCCGACCUGUCUGCGUGUGCUGGUGCUGGCUGAGAACGCCAUCAGCCCUGAGCUGCAGCAGCAGAUCUCUGACCUCCUGUCUGAGGGUGAGGAGGACGAGGACAGGGACGCAGAAGCCCAUGGCAGCUCAGUCACCAUGCGAGAGAAACCCGCCUGGCUUCCCCACAGCAACCCCAACUCCCAGAUGGUCCUGACGUCCUCAGGACUGGGUGAGAGCUUUUUGGGAGAGACAGACUUGUGAUAACUGGAGCUGCCUUUGGUUUUAGGUUUGCACUGCACGCCGCGACAGUCAGCCCACGAGUUAGCGUGCAGCCACUCUCAAAGCAUGACGUGUAGCAUUUAGUGGUAGACUGUUCAAAGCCGGCACAAAAUAAAACAAACCCUCGACCACCAAGUGACUUAUACACUAUAGUGAAUUAUUUAUUUGCCUGAUGUACAAUCUAUUUAUAAGCAACUAUUUAAGCAUCAGUGUUCUCUCGAGUAGAUCAGCUAAGUUGUGAUGGCCUGAAUAAAU